AUCAAUUUAGUCACUUGAUUUUAGUAUAACUCUUAGUUUGAAAAUAAAUGUUGGAAUAUUACUACUUAUUGAAUAGAUCCACUAAAAAAGUCCCGAAAUGAUCAGCAAGAUAGAGCUAGGAAACUUCUUCUAUAUAUCGAUCAUCAUCCAUGCCCGGCGGCCGGUGCCAAAUACUAGUAUAAAUAACAGCCUCCCAUCUCAAAUAACCACCACAUAUCCAUCCAUGGCAUCAACACAGCUCGUCCGCCUCCAAUUUUCCGGUUGGAAGCGGCGGAGCAGGGUGGUCGGAGCUUUGGAUUCAUCAUCAUCGUCGUCAGAGGUAGUGAUUGUGGGGGCUGGGAUUGCAGGGCUGGCAACUGCGGUUUCGCUGCAGAGGCUGGGGAUCCGAAGCAGGGUGCUGGAGCAGGCGGAGUCGCUCCGGACCGGCGGCACAUCCCUGACUUUGUCCAAGAACGGAUGGAAGGUCUUGGACGCCAUCGGGGUCGGAAAUUCUGUCAGAAGCCAUUUUCUUCAAAUUCAAGGGGUAGUAAUAAAGUCGGAAGAUGGAAGGCGUUUGCGCUCUUUCUCGUUCAAAGAAGAGGACCCGAGCCAAGAGGUGCGUGCUGUGGAGAGGAGAGUAGUGCUAGAAUCACUAGCUAAUGAGCUGCCUUCAGAUGCCAUUUCCUUCUCUUCAGGCCUCUCAAAGAUUAUUGAAAGACGUGAAACCAGUGAAAUGCUGUUGGAACUUGAAGACGGCUCCCAUUUGUCUGCCAAGGUAGUGAUUGGUUGUGAUGGGAUCCGGUCUAGAGUGGCAAAGUGGAUGGGGUUUUCAGAGCCGAAAUAUGCAGGCCACAUGUGCUUUCGAGGGAUAGGAUUGUACCCUGAAGGACUUCCCUUUGACCAGAAAGUACAAUACACGUACGGAAGAGGGGUGCGUGCUGGUUUUGUGCCCAUGUCUAAGAGCAAAAUCUAUUGGUUUGUCGUCUUCAACAGCCCAUCACCAGGUACAAAGGUAGGAGAUCCACAGUUUUUGAGGCAGCAGGUGCAAGAACUAACCAGAAGUUGGUCACCGCAGCUACUAGACAUCAUUGACCACACCCCAAACGAGACGCUUGUAAGAACUCCGCUAUUUGACAGAUGGUUGUGGCCAUUGACAAGUCCUCCCGCAUCUUCCGGUAGGGCCGUUGUGGUUGGCGAUGCGUGGCACCCGAUGACACCGAAUCUCGGGCAGGGGGCGUGUUGUGCGCUAGAGGAUGCCAUUGUUGUAUCCAAGAAACUUGCGGGGGCAAUCAGAUCCAAGAGUGUUUCAGUUGAAGAAGCACUUAGAGAGUAUGAAAGGGAGAGGUGGCCCCGUGUUUUCAUGCUAACCAUACGUGCAUAUCUCGUGGGAGCAUUCCUGCAGUGGGAUAACCCGGUGGUAUGUUAUAUAAGGAACAAUGUGAUUGUACCCAAGUUGCUGAAACCUGGGCCAAUGCUCAAACAUACAAACUUUGAGUGUGAGCCUCUAUGAAUUGCAUGAAUCCAGAAAGGUUGUUUAGUCAGUCAACUAUGUACGUUUAUUUUGAAUAACAAACUAGUAUUCUAAAUCGUGCAAUGCCUUAUGUGUGUGUAUUUCGUGUUUUAAAAGAAAAAAUUAAAUAAUACGAAGUAUUUUAUACUCAAGGCAACUUAAUUUUGUUCCAA